UAGAUCGUGUUGCAUCAGAAGUAUUUGAAAGAAUAAGACGAUCUAGUAAUGCAAUUGUGUUUAAUAUACCGGAUACACAUGCCCUUAAAAAUAUCAAAUCUAGUCUGCUUAGAGCCAGCAAUAUGACACACGUACCAUGUGUAUGCACAAGAUUAAAAAGAAGUCAUCCUGGUAUGCACUCACCGAUCUUGUUCAAAUUCAACUCAUCUGUAGACGCCAGUGAAUUUUUAAAUUCCUACAAUUCAUUGAGACAAAAACAGAUUUUCAAGGAUAUUAAGACUCUUCCGGAUAAAACACCAUGCCAGCGAAAAGCAGGAAGAGAUAACUACCGACCACCAGCGUCAAACUCUCAAACGCAUCGUAAUCCUAAUGGUCGUAAAGUUAAGUCCGAUUCUAAGGGGACGUCUAGCUUAACAAUUUCGCCGUCACCGAAAAACUCUUCUGAAUCUCCUGAAGUUCAAAACCCAGAAGAAAGUAAUCCCGAUGUAGGUGGUGUCCAUCCUCUUGAGAAUGUUGACUUAGAUUCAACCCGAAGUAGUUGUGCUGAUGAAGAAUGGGAUAACACAACCCAAACCCCUGUUAGUGCAACACCCAGUUACAGUAACUGUGCAACGGAUAACAGGAAAACUAAUCAUAACAUCCAUAUAACUGACCACGCACUUAACGUUGAUAUAUUCGAACCUCGCAAACCAUCGCAAGUAUGUUUAACAGUACACAAUCCCCUCCAACAUAUGAAGAAGCCGAAAUCAACCACAACCCUUGGAAAUAAACGUCUUAAACACGUUACCCAUACGUCAGGUAUAAAUAGUUAUCUGAAUUGUAAUUGGCCACUUGGUCAAAACCAUAGACCUGAUAGCCUUCUUGGUCCGGCUCCCAAUAUGUACACUAUGCCCUUAUCAGAUGUUAGAUCCAACAGCAAUGAGAAAACUUUUUUUGUAAUUCCGCCGGCUUUCCUGCCGGCAACGGUAAACAUAUUUCACAUGAUAACAAAGUGGUUGAAUCUAUUUCCCCUCGCAACACAACUCUCACCUUAGCUAAUCCUAUGAGUAUUCAUGGAACUACCAAUUGCGAUUUAUACUCCAACCUGCUUCACUAUGAUGACUCUGAGUUUCUUAUUCUUUCGUUCAAUGCCCGCUCUCUGUCUAAUAAAAUUAUUCAUCUUAAAACUCUUUUAUUCCUUGUAAAUCCAACCAUUGUACUUAUUACGGAAACGUGGUGUAAUUCAUCUAUAUCCGAUCAUUCCUUGAAUGUAGAUAACUACGUUUUCUUUAGAACCGAUAGAUGUUAUGGAAUAGGAGGCGGUACAAUUAUCUAUGUUCGUUCAGACAUUCAAGCGUGCAAAUUUGAGGACAAAUCCCUUGAUGCUAUAGAAGACUCCACUUGGGUUACUGUAAACUGUGGAUCCCAAAAUUAUUUACUG